CAAAUAUUCCUCAGGCGUAACUGCCGCUGGGGCUGCUGUUGCUCAUUGAAAUCGGACUGUGCUGAACAACGUACUAAAAUACCAUGGACAGCAGAGGAUACGGUUCAGGUUACUCCAGUUGGGGUGGUGGUGGAUCAGGUAGCAGAGGUUCUGGUGGCUUCGACCUGUAUGGAGGAGGUUAUAAGGACUCAAUGUCCGGGCUUGGGGGCUAUGGAGGAGGAGGAGGCCACAUGAAGAGAGGUCUCUCGGGAUCGUCCCUGCUCUCGUCCACAGGCACACAUGCGGAUGCAGUCAUUGCCAAGAUUAACCAGCGUCUGGACAUGCUCACUCAGUUGGAGGGGGGGUUGAAAGGGUCUCGAGGUGACAGGUAUGACCACUACGAGUCAUUCGACUCGCGCACCUCUGCUCUCUCCUCCUCCCGAGAUCUCUACAGAUCUGGCGGCAGUAGCUAUGGUUAUGGCAAUGGCCGUGAGGACAACAUGCUGUUGAGUCAGCGAGGAGGCUCGGGCUUCGGAGGGGGAAUUGGGCUAGGGGGAGGAGGAGGCUUUGACAGCCCCUCCUCUUCCUAUGGAGUCGCUAAAAUGCGACAGAAUAUGAGGGAGUCCUUCAGCAGUGGCCAGGGAGGAGGUUCUGGAGGUGGAGGAUGGGCUGGAGCAGGCCGACGUUCCCCCAGAAGGGGUGGAAGUGCCGGGGGUCGAGGAGCUGGAGGAGGGUUUGGAAACCGCAGGUCUGACCCCACUCCAUUAGGCGGAGGUGGGCGGGGAAGUGGUAGUGGUGGCCAGUCCCACCGCGGCCACUCUCCAGGAGGUGGUAGAGGCAAGCUCCCAUCCCUCCUGUCCAACCGCAUGUACCCUGAGAGUGGGGGCUUCCACCAGGGUUCCACUCAAGGGCCUCACGACUUUCCUGGGAGGCAUUUUGGAGGGGGCCCACGGGCUGGCCGCCAGCGAGGCCGCAAGAGACCCCUCAACAAACAGGUGAAGCCACAGCGGGAUGUCCAGAAGAAGAGAAAGCAGACGCUUACUGCAGCUGAUGAGCCAGAGUCAAAGAUGAACAAGACAGAGAGUACAGGGUCAGAGGCUACCCAAGAGCAAGCAGAGAAAAAUGGUGAUGACAGUGAACCAAAGACUGCAGCUGCGGAGACAACACCUGCAGAUGGAGAUAAAGCUUCACCCAAACAGGAGGAAAAGAAAAGUCCACAGGGCAAACAGACCCCAACCCCUGGUCAGGAGAAACACCCAAAAAUGAGGAAGAGGAGGGGCUUCCUGGAAAGGGUGAUGUUUGCCUGCUCUGUUUGCAAGUUCCGUUCGUUCUAUAAGGAGGAAAUGGAAACUCACCUUGAGAGUCGCUUCCACAAGGACCACUUUAAGUUCCUCUCUGGCCAACUGUCAAAGCCCACUACAGACUUCCUACAGGAGUAUUUGCAGAACAAAUUUAAGAAGACAGAGCAGAGGGUCAGCCAGUUGGAAAACCACAGUGCUGCUAUCUGCCAGGUGUACAAGGAGCAGGACCUCACCAGGGAGCUCGGUAUGGAGCACUUCAUGAGGAAGGUGGAAGCUGCCCAUUGUGCAGCCUGUGACCUUUUCAUUCCCAUGCAGCCCCAUCUGAUACAGAAGCACAUCAAGUCUCCAGACCACAACUACAACCGGAAGGGUAUGAUGGAGCAGUCCAAGAGGGCCAGUCUGUCAGUAGCACGUAGCAUCCUCAACCACAAACUCAUUGGCAAGAAGCUGGAGAGCUACCUCAAGGGUGAAAAUCCAUUCACUGGUAACCAAGACGACCAGGAUCAAGAGGACUCCAUGGUGAUGGACGUGUCUGAGAUGGAGUUAACUGGCGAGACAGCAGACAGCCAGACAGAGGCAGCGGCAGUCAAGGAUGAGCAGGUGGCCGAGGGGGAGACGAGCCAAGAGGCGGUGGCUGAGGGGGAAGAAGCAGCAGAGGCAGCAGCAGCAGAGGAGGAAAAGAUGGAGGAGGAGCCAGGAAUGGAGGGACAGGAGGGAGGGGAGGGACAGGAGGGAGAAGAGCAGGAGAACCCGGAAGAGGAGGAAGGUUUUGAAGUUGGAGAGGAGGAGGAGGAGGAAGAGGGAUAUGUGGUGCACGAUGAGAUUGGCGAGGAGGGAGUACAAGGUGAGCUGGAAGAGGAGGAAGGAUUGGAGGCUGCGGAGGCCGAGGAGGAAGGAUUGGAGGCUGCAGAGGCAGAGGAGGAAGGAUUGGAGGCUGCAGAGGCGGAGGAGGAGGAAGGCAAGAAUGAUGAAUGACUUUUGCAACCUGUGUGUGACUUCUUCAGUGACCCCCACAGUCCCGUUCAACCCAUCUCAUUGCCAGGCAUAUUAAGAAAUAUACAUACUUGCUCCACCAGUUUUCACUGUCUAAUGACUGAGAAUCAUUUUAUUUUUGUUAAAGGAAUAGCUCCUCAUUUUGGGAAAUACUUUUAUUAAUAUUCUUAAGUUAAACAAGAAGAAAAAAAGCAGUAUACUAACUGUUAUGUACGCUUACCAACUCUCUUCAGAGGUGUUAGUCGACCGUGUAUUUCCCAGAAUGUCAAACUAUUCCUCGUAAUACUUUUUCUUGUGCCUUUUUGUUAAAAGUAUUCUUAUUCUGGAUUAAUUGGUUUAGAAUUGUUCAAGACAUCUUGAGUAUUGUAAAGUCAUGAGAUAUUGUGUCCUUUCCUUCUUAUCAGAGUUUACAUGAUGUCAUAGCGCUCUGUCCAUUGCCAGUAUUGAUGACGGUGAACGGAUGAUUUUUCCAACCUGUUGGUAAAAUCUAGAACAUGGUGGGCUUUUUAUUCUACAGCUGGGGUGAUUGAGAUGAUCAUGGGGACUGUCUGUAGAAUAAGUGUGAAAUAUUUAGAAUGGAUAUCAGUCAUGUAACAAACUUGUUUCACUCUGAGUAAGAAAUAAACUUGUUGAAUAAG